UAACAAGUGCAUUAAGAAGCGGACAUGAGAAUAGUAUUAUCACAAUCCCAAUAAAUACACCUCCUCUCUCCUCCUCCAUACUCUGACACAAUGGAACCUUCAAGACUCAUCUUCUUUCUCUUCUCCAUGCUCCUGACAAUGGCCUAUUCACAGGCUCUCAUGGCUCAUCAUGCAGGUUGGCACUGUAAAUCAGGAAAGGCUAUCAAGGUCAGUUGGAAGAUGGGUGUUGAUCCACCAGAUUAUCAGACAUUCAAAAUACAAGUGCAGAACACAUGUGGACUGUGUGAUGCGCACAAUGUCACUCUGAAUCUCACCAUGUUGGCUCCAGGAAUAUGGGAUCCCAUUGUUGAGAAAGUGAGAGUCAAGGAUGGCAAGUCUAUUAGCCCUGGUAAAAAGGUCACAUUCAGGUACCAUGUUAACUAUCUGGCUGAUAUUGGUAGCAUCCAUUCAUCUGCAAGGUUUAUUCACUGCAAGUUGCCACAUCAGCCCUAAUCACAUGUUAAAAAUGCCUCUUUCUCCUAGUCUCCUGGUCUAUAUAGAAUGCCCAUAUAAAUUUUCUGCUUCAGAUUCUUAUUUUUUUAGUCCUUGUGUAUUCAUGUCAUACUGUACUGUCUUCUCAUAUGACAUUUCUGUUAUGUCAUAUGAAUGAAUGUUUAAAAUAACAUCCAUGAGAGUGAACAGUAUAUGGAAUGGCUGUUACUUGGUCUGCAAAAGAUGUCAUGGAUAAUGUUACAUAUAUGAGAGCGAAUGAAUGUUUUUAAUAAUGUCCAUGAGAGCGAAGAGUCUAUGACAUGUCUAUGAAAUGGUUAUUGUUUGGUCUGCAAAAAGAUGUGUCAUGGAUAAUGUCAUAUGAAUGAUAUGAAUGAUUUUAAUAA